UAUUAUUUUUUUAUAUUUACCGGACCCCCCACACCCCCUGCGUGCACCGUAAAAUCUAAAAAUAUCCACAGAACUAUCUAUAGCCUCGUUUUUCACCGGGCUCAGCUGCGGCCCCGGGGCCUGGGCCAGGGUAUUAACCCCCUACCGCCGGAUCCUUUGUGCCCCCUCAACUUGGGCUUCUCCGUAGGAAUCGGUUGCGGGCUGUGAAUUGUUUUGUGGGCCACAGGAGAAUUGGGACGUGAGGCGACGGCUCGGGCCGGGAUGUCCGGAGGAGGAUUAUCAUUGUGCCACCUGCGAUAGCUGUUCUUCAUUCAGAGUUUCCCGAGACAAACGUCGCUGCAAAAAACAUACAAAACUCUAACAACCCAACGCAAAGAUGAUCACCUCGGAGCUGUCUGUUCUACAGGAUUCUACAAAUGAAGGUUCCGCCGUACAUACAGACAUGACGGCUGUUAGCGAUAUGGGCUCCGAUCUCGUAGAAGAUAUUGAAAUUAAAGGAAAGAGGAAGAGAGGCCGCCCUGGAAGACCCCCAUCUGGCAUCAAGAAGCCCCGGAAAACCCCCGCUGAACGAAGUCGUGGAGAAGCGGGAACCAAAGGCCGGGGACGGGCGAACGGGCACCCGCAGCAGAAUGGGGAAGGGGACCCGGUCACUCUGUUUGAAGUGGUGAAGAUCGGGAAGAGCGCCAUGCAGUCUGUAGUUGAUGAUUGGAUUGAAUCGUAUAAACAAGACAGAGACAUCGCUCUUUUGGACCUAAUCAAUUUCUUCAUCCAGUGUUCUGGAUGUAAAGGUACAGUAAGAAUUGAAAUGUUCCGGAACAUGCAGAAUGCGGAAAUAAUUCGGAAAAUGACCGAGGAGUUUGACGAGGAUAGCGGGGACUAUCCGCUGACGAUGCCUGGGCCUCUCUGGAAGAAAUUUCGCUGUAACUUCUGUGAGUUCAUCGGCGUGCUAAUCCGGCAGUGUCAGUACAGCAUCAUCUACGACGAGUACAUGAUGGACACGGUCAUUUCGCUGCUGACGGGGCUCUCCGACUCCCAGGUCCGAGCGUUCAGACACACGAGCACGCUGGCCGCAAUGAAGCUGAUGACUGCAUUGGUGAAUGUCGCCCUGAAUCUCAGUAUUCACCAAGACAACACGCAGCGUCAGUACGAAACGGAGAGGAACAAAAUGAUUGGGAAGAGAGCAAACGAAAGACUGGAGCUGCUACUGCAGAAGAGAAAAGAACUUCAAGAAAACCAAGACGAAAUUGAAAAUAUGAUGAACUCUAUCUUCAAGGGUAUCUUUGUGCAUAGAUACAGAGAUGCCAUUGCUGAGAUCCGAGCAAUCUGUAUUGAAGAAAUCGGCGUGUGGAUGAAAAUGUACAGCGACGCUUUCUUAAACGACAGCUACUUAAAAUACGUGGGCUGGACACUCCAUGAUCGGCAAGGAGAAGUGCGGCUGAAGUGUCUGAAGGCGCUGCAGAGCCUCUAUACCAACCGCGAGCUCUUCCCCAAACUGGAGCUCUUCACCAACAGGUUCAAGGAUCGCAUUGUUUCCAUGACCUUGGAUAAGGAAUAUGAUGUUGCCGUUGAAGCCAUUCGCCUGGUGACGCUCAUUCUCCAUGGGAGCGAAGAAGCCCUCUCCAAUGAAGACUGCGAGAAUGUCUACCACUUGGUAUAUUCUGCACACCGGCCUGUAGCUGUAGCAGCUGGGGAAUUCCUUCAUAAAAAGUUAUUCAGCAGACAUGACCCACAAGCUGAGGAGGCCUUGGCCAAGCGAAGGGGCCGGAGCAGCCCAAACGGAAACCUUAUUAAAAUGUUGGUGCUCUUCUUCUUAGAAAGUGAGUUGCACGAGCAUGCGGCCUACCUCGUGGACAGUUUGUGGGAAAGUUCUCAGGAGCUUCUGAAAGACUGGGAGUGCAUGACUGAGCUGUUGGUUGAAGAGCCCAUUCAGGGAGAGGAAGUGAUGUCGGAUCGGCAGGAGAGCGCGCUUAUCGAGCUGAUGGUGUGUACGAUACGUCAGGCUGCCGAAGCGCACCCGCCUGUGGGAAGAGGAACGGGCAAAAGGGUGUUAACCGCCAAGGAGAGAAAAACGCAGAUAGACGAUAAGAAUAAGCUGACAGAGCAUUUCAUUGUUGCACUUCCAGUGCUGCUUUCUAAGUACUCCGCAGAUGCAGAAAAAGUAGCAAACCUUCUCCAGAUCCCUCAGUUUUUUGAUCUGGAGCUUUAUAGCACUGGAAGAAUGGAGAAGCACCUGGACAGUCUGCUGAAACAGAUCAAGUUUGUGGUGGAGAAGCACACAGAGUCUGAUGUAUUGGAGGCCUGCAGUAAAACAUACAGCAUAUUGUGCAGUGAAGAGUACACUAUCCAGAACCGCGUGGACAUAGCACACAGCCAGCUGAUUGAUGAGCUGGUGGAUCGGUUUUCCCACGCUGUGGAGGAGCUGCUGCAAGAGGGAGAAGAAGCAGAUGAAGAUGAUGUCUACAAUGUACUGGCGUCAAUAAAACGGUUAACAUGCUUUCACAACGCUCAUGAUCUCACUAAGUGGGAUCUGUUUGGGAACUGUUACCGGCUGCUGAGGGCAGGGAUCGAGCAUGAAGGAAUGAUUGAACAGAUUGGGGUCCAGGCUCUGCAGUGUUCGCAUUACUCCAUACUAUGGCAGCUGGUAAAGAUCACUGAAGGCAAUCCUUCCAAAGAUGAUAUGUUGUCGUUAAGAAAGACAGUUAAAUCAUUUCUGGCUGUCUGUCAGCAGUGCUUGUCCAACGUUAAUACGGCUGUAAAGGAGCAGGCCUUCAUGCUCCUCUGUGACCUUCUAAUGAUCUUCAGCCACCAGCUAACGGCAGGGGGCCGGGAGAACCUGAUGCUGCUGGUUUUCAAUCCAGAUCUGGGACUCCAGUCCGAGCUGCUCAACUUUGUGAUGGAUCACGUCUUCAUUGAUCAAGACGAUGAGAACCAGAGCAUGGAAGGGGACGAGGAGGAUGAAGCCAACAAAAUUGAAGCUUUGCACAAAAGGAGGAACUUGCUGGCAGCUUUCUGUAAGCUGAUAAUCUAUGACAUUGUAGAUAUGCACGCAGCGGCUGACAUUUUCAAGCACUACAUGAAGUAUUAUAAUGACUACGGCGACAUCAUUAAAGAGACGCUUAGUAAAACACGACAGAUUGACAAGAUCCAGUGUGCCAAGACUCUCAUUCUCAGCUUGCAGCAGUUGUUCAAUGAACUGGUACAAGAGCAGGGGCCCAAUCUGGACCGGACGUCUGCCCACGUCAGCGGAAUCAAGGAGCUUGCUCGCCGGUUUGCGCUCACGUUUGGUCUGGAUCAGAUCAAGACCAGGGAGGCCGUGGCGACGUUGCAUAAAGACGGCAUAGAGUUUGCUUUCAAAUACCAGAAUCCCAAGGGGUUGGAGUACCCACCUUUAAACCUGGCUUUCCUGGAAGUGUUGAGUGAGUUUUCCUCCAAGCUUCUGCGGCAGGACAAGAAGACCGUACAUGCGUAUCUGGAGAAAUUCCAUUCUGACCAAAUGAUGGAGAGGAGGGAAGAUGUUUGGCUGCCGCUCAUCUCCUACAGAAACUCGCUGGUCACGGGCGGUGAUGAGGACAGGCUCUCUGUGAACAGUGGCGGCAGCAACAGCAAGGGUUCCUCUGUGAGAAGCAAGAAGGGGCGACCGCCGUUACACAAAAAGAGAGUAGAAGCAGAGGAAACGAUUGACAAUUCGUGGGUGACCCGCAAUGACACUAUCCAGACGCCAGGACCGCUUGCGACUCCCCAAUUAACAUCCACUGUGCUUAGAGAAAACCCUCGGCAAAUGCCGGAACAGAUCCCUGAACAAGAAUCCGAACACGGAUCAGAGCCAGACUUCCUACACAAUCCCCAGAUGCAAAUGUCCUGGUUGGGUCAACAGAAGCUGGAAGACUUAAAUCGAAAAGAUAGAACAUCCAUGAGCUACAUGAAAGUGCGGAGCGGUGUAAGGCACGGAGUACGUGGCCUGAUGGAGGAUGAUGCCGAGCCAAUUUUUGAGGAUGUGAUGAUGUCAUCGCGGGGUCAGUUGGAGGACAUGAAUGAAGAGUUUGAGGACACAAUGGUUAUUGACUUGCCGCCCUCACGGAACAGACGGGAGAGAGCCGAGCUCCGGCCAGACUUCUUUGACUCCGCGGCCAUCAUCGAAGAUGAUUCAGGAUUCGGGAUGCCAAUGUUCUGAGGUUUGUCACACCCCUGGAACUCUUUGUCUAAAGGCCUGUAUACUGUGAGCUUCUAUAAGAAAAUUAGAAAAAAACCUAAAAAAAGACUUUUUUUUUUUAACCUAUAGUUUUGUUUAAACCAAACGCUUGCGGUAUUGGUGGAUUCUGUACAGAUUAAGAACGGCCCUCGCGAAGACGUUACAUGCCAUGUUUUGGAUCAGUGCUGUCGUAGACAUUUAACAGCAACAGUUUUUUUUGUCGUGGGAAAGAAAAUGAUUCAAAACCCCCCGGUUACUCUACAUAUAAAUGGAUGACCCGUCUGUGUAACAACUUUUAAUCUGUUCACUUUCUGCUGUACAGUUUGAGAAAAAAGCUGCCUUUUUUCCCCCUGUUUCUUUUCUUUUUGUGUUUUUACUUCAAAUCACGUCAGUUGGCCUAGAAGAUGCCGCGCUGUGCAAAUAAACGGGAAGAAAGGUAUGAGAUGCACUGGAAUAAAACGAACAGAACCACAGAUACAGCAGAUGUAUUUCUAAUACGCCCAUUCACCGAACGAGCAACCAACGAGUUCUCCUUGUCCUGUGCUUUGUGUUUCAUUUUCUGUUUGAAUCCGCGAUACCCGCGCCACUACAGAGUGUUACGAAUUGUAUCAUUUUCUAACAAUGGACAUCAGUGCUUGUUCUGUACAUUUUUACAAAGGAUACCAGCAAACUAACCAUGGACAGCAGAACACGCUCAUCAAUCACAGCCGUCUUUUUUUUUUUUUUUUGUUUUGCCCCAUUUCAUUUAGUUGACACAAUAUUUAAAUAUGAAAAAAGGUUACAGUGGGACUGAAUCUACUCUCCAUGCAGUAAAAUACAGUUCAGUAAUAUUUUUGUAGAAAGAAGCCAAUUUUAAAUGGUUUUACUGCCUAUAGAAAAAAAAAAGUCCAUGGAUGGGUCAUUUUAUUCCUCUGGUAAUGGUUGGAAGUAAUGGCAUUUUCAGUGUUAACUGUCCAGAGUUUAACUCUUUUUAAGGGGAAGAAGGAAUUUUUUUCCCAGCACAAUAAAAUUCCUGUUUUAACUGCCCAGUUCUGUAUUAUUAUUGUAAUAAAAUUCAAAAUCACGUGUCUUAAAUAAAGUGAUUUUAACAAUG